AUGCGUUUUUCUUCUUUCCAUAGCAAAACCAAGACGACGUGGUUAAACGUUUAUCUCUGCAGACGAUCGGUGUCUUACGGCACAAGGCGUUGCGACCCCCCAACGUCGUACCUUUCCCCUCCCCGGCUUCUAUCAUUUCAGACAAGGUCCUCUUCUCUUUCCCCUUCCUCUUCGGUUUCUCCUUUGUUCUCUGUGUCACAGCCUGGGAAUGGGAAGGAGGGUCAGGACGCGUCGUGGAUGGUACAGGAAGAUGUUAAUACGUUACAGGAAGAGGUGGGUAGAUUGCAGGAGAGGGUUUGUAUGUUGUGUGAUUGUCCCUACACCAUCUGGCGUGUGCACGUGGGGCUUCCAACGCACAUCGCGCGGACCGCGGUUUGCCGCACCUUCGCCGCCCCCGACCGAGCUGCCUCCAUCGCUUCCCACCUCUCCAAGCACCUCGACUUUGAUUUCGACAGGGUGGAUGCCGAGAGCUGGGAAAGGGAGCGUCGACGCCGAUCCAGGCUCGGCUCCACACUGUUGCACCUCACCGAGAAGGGCGUCUUGCGCGAGGGGCUCCCGUUUACCGUCUGUGGCGCACGCGAAGGUAAAGAGGAGAGGAUCAUCAACGAGGGAGGUGAAAAGGCAGAAGAGAAGAGGGAGACGACCGUUGUGAGCGAGGGGUUCAUGCGCUAUGUACUCGUGGGGGAUGGGUAUGCGCGGGAGGAGGUGAUCAAUCGCGUCGCGCGUUUAAUGCCUUAUGCGAACGCGAUGGAGUUGGAGGCGAUUGAAAUUUACAUCUUAUCCCCUCUCCACCUCGCAAGGCUCUAUGAGGAUGUUCAAAUGGAGCGCACCGUCGCAGCUAGGUGGAAAGAUGCCAAAAAAGAGUUAAAGGAAGAAGCUGAUACUCCUAAUAAUAUAGCUUCGCGAGAGGAAUUGAAAAAUUUGAAGGCCUCGCGACGUUUGUUUUUGGAUGGCAAGGCUUUGGUGAUGCUCAGCUGUAUCGGGGAGCUUUUCCAAUUUAAGCGUCGUGAUCGCCCUCAUAGUGUGGCAAACAAAGAGGCUGCAGAGACCCUUGUUUUGCAUGUUUUAGUUUCGCACGCGAUCGAAAAUUUAAUUUCGGAGCUUGUCCACGCCGUUCUACAGCGUAUUGUACAUGAAGGAACGCCCAUUUGGCGUCAAUUUCAAGCGAACACGGCUUCAAAUGCCUUUAAAAGGAACUUAUUUACGUCAAAUCCAUUAUCCGCGACUCCGAAGCGGAAGCUGGAAACGGCCUCUCCAGACCUUUCUCACCCCCUCUCGAAGCAUUAUAUAUCUUCAGAUAUCUAUGCUGAGCAGCUGAUGGGUUUUUUUGUAGUUCGUGAUGUUUGUGAAAAUAUAGACACCGUGAGUAUGCAAAAAAAAGAAGAGAAUAACGAAAAAAAUCAGUGUCAAAUACAGCCAAAAUAUAUGCUUCCUAAGUACCAACUAUCGUGGAUCCCUUUGUUGCGAAGCUCCGUGUACGACAACAUGAUGCUUGAUUCACCAAAGGAUAAUUUGAAGAAUUUUCAUUCCAUUUCGAAGGGACCCACCAAUAAUAAAAAAUAG